ACUGACCGCGGCAAGCUGGCACAGUAAACACACUCUGUGCUCCCAGUGUACGGCCGAAAGAUGCGCGUCGUCAGCGCCCUGCUGUUGCUGCUACUAGCAGCCGCGGCAAAUGCCAUCCUUUUCGAUCCGGUGCCCACGAACCAGUCGUCGAACGGCGUGGUCUACAAGGUUCGCGCGACUGUGACCCUGGAAAGCCACGAACUGAACGUGACCAAGGGCACGGGAAUACAAUACGCGGGAGAGCUGGCUCUCUACAAGGUCGGACGGGGCACGUACCAGGCGCGCUUCCUGAACUUCUCGGUGGUCAAGCAAAAGUCUCCAGCGAGAACAGCCUGCCCAGGUUGCAGCCUGGAGACGCUGAUCAUCGCGCCGCCCGAAAGGCGCUACCCACCUGUGAAUGCGGUCGAGGAUCUUGACCGCUCGCAGGAGCCUGUGGUCAAGAAUGAGCAUCCAGCAAGAACGACCUGCCCGGGUUGCAGCCUGGAGACGCUGAUCAUCGCGCCGCCCGAAAGGCGUUACCCACCUGUGAAUGCGGUAGAGGAUCUUGACCGCUCGCAGGUGCCUGUGGUCAAGAAUGAGCAUCCAGCAAGAACGACCUGCCCGGGUUGCAGCCUGGAGACGUUGAUCAUCGCACCGCCCGAAAGACUUCAACCGCUGGUGGACGCUGUCGGCGAUGUCGACUACUCCCAGGUGCUCAGCUACCCGGUUCAGUUCGUUCUCAGAUCUGGCAAGCUUGUGAAGUACGAGAUCAGCCUUGGUGCCCCGGCCUGGAUCCACCAUGUGUACAAGUCUGUGCUGCCGCUCCUCCAGAACCAGGUUGAGACGCCCCGGGAACUCCCAGUGGUGGCAUCUUACUAUGAGGAUGGCAUGUCCGGAUACUGUCGCGUCACCUACGAGAUGCAUUGGCUUACCGAUCUCCCCACCGAGGUCAAGGUGUACAACCUAACCAAGACCAAGCACCUGGACGACUGCGAGCCGACCCGAAGUGGGAACAGCACGAAUGGCGCUCCGGGACAUCGCGCCGACCACUCUAAGCAUCUGUCCAACUUCCUACCACUGCCCCUGGAGAACACUUCCAUCUCCGAGAACAAAUCUUUCACUGAACGUCCCGAGGAUCUUAACAGGGUCGACUCCAUGGUGACUGCACACGAGGUCUCCUACUACCGUGUCAACGGCAGCCUCAUCGAGAACGCCCUCUCCGAGAGUCUCACCCUGCUGCCCGUGUUUGGAGGCCCGGUCAUGGUGCGAACGCGCCUUCAGCUCGAGCUGGCCAGCCAGGAAGCGCCACCCGUGGGCGCCGUGGUGCAGUUCGACGGAGAGCCGCGCACCUCGCUGAAGCUAAACAUGUCCGAGAUGGCCGAGUACCUCGACGGGUAUGCCUACAGCUACCUCACGGGCAACCCUGAGCAAGUCAACGCUGAAGUGUUCGCUAAGGUCCUUGAUGAGGUGGCCGAGGCGCUCGCCAGCCUCGAGCUCAACAUCGAGACAAAAAGGACUCCUGCGCUCAUGCUGAAGCUCGUGCGCAUGAUCUCGCUCCUCAACACUGAGCAGCUGAAGCAGGCUAUGCCACUGUCCCUCCUCAACAAGACCAGCGAGCUGGAACCCAAGGAGCAGCUCCUCAGGGCCCUGUAUAUCGAACUUCUGGGCAACGCCAGAAAUAAGUAUGCCGUCGAAAUGGCCCUCCACCUCAUGAAGCAGCAGCUCCUGUCCCGCCAGGAAACCGCCCGUUUGUUCCGCGACCUGUCAGCCUUCUUCGCGACCUUCGUUGACAAGGACACCCGCGAGCUGCUCAGGGACCUGUGCAGGAGCACUGACGGGUUUGUGAAUCUCCAUCCCAGAGCAUCCAUAUGCAACCGUCUUGGAGAGGUGGUGAUCAAAGCUUGCCCACCCGAUGCCUGAUACAGCCCAGUCAACGCGAUGCCAUAUCUCGAUGCUCUGCAAGCAGCAGGCCUGCAAGUCCACCGAGAGGCGUGCAAUUAACUGGCCUCAUAACUUGUACCGCAGGUUUGCUCACAGCAUCUCGGUGUUACAGCUAGGCAUUUGUGCUGUUGCUCGAGGAUCCCAUCAAUGCUUUACGCUGAAACAUAUGCCGUCAAUAUAAUUAUGGUAGAUUAGCACAAAUUAGUAACGGACACAAAAUACAAUGUGAACAAGGACGGGCCUUGUCUUACACAGACCUCUCCCGAGGAAUGAAUCUCACAUUGCUUAUUGCUUAGAAUAGUUCAGAUGAUUUGCAUUCCCUUAACACGAUGAGCAAGGCAAGUUAAGAUUUUGACAGGAAACGACUAUCGCGUGACUUUGGACUUGGGUUAAAAAUGAAAUCCCCUUAAGUGCUUCCAUUCUGCUACCCACAAUCAUGUUCUUGUUCUGGUUAGCUGUAUCUGCCAAUGAAAAUCAGAACACCAAUAAAUGACAAGUGGCAUAUGAAGCUAUAUGUUUGUUAUGAAAACAUUCGUGUGUGUAUGUGUGCCAUAUACACUUACCUCUACCUUAGGAGGUUGUGACCUUCACCUGUACAAGGAUUCAACUCUUGACAAUUCAUU